AUGGCACCUAGCAACAUAUUACUAAUGAGGAAGAAUAAUGGAAGAUAUCCAGAAGAGCCAAAUAAUGCAUGGGUAGGAGCCCUCGCUAUGGGCAUGGUCUUCUUCUGUUCUCCCAUUGUGAGUAUAUUCACUGACCGUUUGGGCUGCCGAAUCACAGCAACUGCAGGGGCUGCUGUUGCUUUCAUUGGUCUCCAUACCAGCUCCUUCACCAGCUCCCUAAGCCUGCGCUACUUCACCUAUGGGAUUCUCUUUGGUUGUGGCUGUUCCUUCGCCUUUCAGCCAUCCCUCGUCAUCCUGGGCCACUAUUUCCAACGCCGCCUGGGUCUGGCCAAUGGUGUGGUGUCUGCUGGGAGUAGCAUCUUCUCCAUGUCUUUCCCCUUCCUCAUCAAUAUGCUGGGGGACAAGAUCAAGCUGGCCCAAACCUUCCAGGUGCUGAGUACCUUUAUGUUUGUUCUCAUGCUGCUUUCACUCACCUACCGGCCCCUCCUGCCCAGCUCCCAGGACACCCCAAGCAAGAUGGGUGUCCAUACCCUGCACCAGCGCUUUCUGGCUCAGCUCAGGAAGUAUUUCAACAUGCGAGUGUUUCGCCAACGUACCUACCGCAUCUGGGCCUUCGGGAUUGCUGCUGCUGCCCUUGGCUACUUCAUUCCCUAUGUACACCUGAUGAAGUAUGUGGAAGAGGAGUUCUCAGAAAUCAAGGAGACCUGGGUGCUCUUGGUGUGUAUUGGGGCUACCUCAGGCCUCGGGCGUCUUGUGUCAGGCCGUAUCAGCGAUUCCAUUCCUGGACUUAAGAAGAUCUACUUGCAGGUCAUCUCUUUCCUGCUCCUGGGCCUGAUGUCCAUGAUGAUUCCUCUGUGUCGGGGCUUCGGGGGCCUCAUCGUUGUCUGCCUCUUCCUGGGCUUAUGCGAUGGCUUCUUCAUCACCAUCAUGGCCCCCAUUGCCUUUGAGCUGGUGGGCCCAAUGCAGGCCUCGCAGGCCAUUGGCUACCUUCUGGGCAUGAUGGCCCUACCGAUGAUUGCUGGGCCCCCCAUUGCAGGGCUUCUCCGCAACUGUUUUGGAGACUACCAUGUGGCCUUCUACUUUGCCGGUGUGCCCCCCAUCAUUGGGGCUAUAAUCCUCUUCUUCGUCCCUCUGAUGCAUCAAAAGAUGUUCAAGAAAGAGCAGAGGGAUUCCAGCAAGGAUAAGAUGUUGGCUCCUGACCCGGACCCCAACGGGGAGCUGCUGCCAGGCUCUCCCACCCCUGAGGAACCUAUCUAA